AAAAUUUUAAAAUUUUAAAUUGCAAGUCUUAUCACCAUGGAUGUUUCUUCUCCAAAAAAUUAUCGAUAGUGCUUUAGACGGCUUUACCAUCUCUAUCGGGCGAAUUGUUUAUUUUCAUUUAGGCAAAACAAGAAACUUCGAAAUAUGCCCAGUAAACUAGAUAGUCUGUAUCGCCGUAUGCUGAUAACGAGGUUCUUCGAGAAGGGAUGGGGGACGCCUGAAAACUUGCGCAGAUUGUUUCAGUUCCGCAAAAUAAUAUCCAAUAGGGAUUUGUGUUUCAAGCUCGUACCUCGUGAUUAUCCAGUGGAGAUCACGACAAAAGAAAUUUCUGCAGAAAGCACACUGAUACAAGGCAAAUUUAAAACCCCCCUUGAGUUACACUUACCCGGAGUGGUUCCAAAAGAAUCCCAGCAGGCACAUUUUCAAUUGUUGAUCCCGAACAAGUGGAAAAAUGAAAGGCACAAGCCGGUGUGCAUUCAUUUGGCUGGAACUGGUGAUCAUUUCUUUUGGCGUCGAAGAAAUUUUAUAGCAAAACCGCUCAUGAAGGAUGCCAAUAUAGGAUCCAUAAUACUUGAAAAUCCUUUUUAUGGUCUGAGAAAACCAAAUAACCAAACGCGAUCAAAUCUGCAUAAUGUGUCUGAUAUCUUCGUGAUGGGUGGGUGCCUGAUUCUGGAAUGCCUUGUCCUGUUCCACUGGUGUGAAAGGAAUGGCUUCGGUCCUCUUGGCGUUACUGGAUUGUCAAUGGGUGGACAUAUGGCUUCAUUAGCUGCUACAAAUUGGCCAAAGCCCUUGGUUCUCGUGCCGUGCCUUUCCUGGUCCACUGCCUCUGCUGUCUUUACCACCGGUGUAAUGAGUCAAUCCAUUAAUUGGGAUAUGUUGGAAACGCAAUAUUUCUCUGAUGGACAGUAUAGAGAACGCCUAUCCAAAAUGGUUACAGUGAUAGACGAUGCGUUUUCAGCAGGUCAAAGUUUUAUUCAAAACUUCAACCAAUCCCUGCACGAACUGAAAGAAGACAUUAGUGAUACGAGAAAGAUCCAGGAGCAUGGAAACAGCAAUACAUGUGGCGACAAAUAUGAGAGUCAGGGAAGUUGCUCCCAAGAAGAUAGUUCGAUAUUUUUAUCAAAGUCUUUGAAGAGCACAAAACUGGACUCUGAGAAUCUAACAAUAGAUAUUAAGGACACGCUGAAUGAAAAGGUUGCGAUCGCAACAGAAGAACCCUCCAAGGAAUCGAGCUCAGCGUUGACAAACCUUAUGAAAUUCAUUCUGCCCCUUUCCUCGCAAAACAAAUCGGAUAAAAUAGAUAUUACCAAGACGAAUUGGUGGGAACGGGAGGCCCUGCAAUUCAUGCGUGGCAUGAUGGAUGAGUGCACCCACCUGAAGAACUUUUCGGUUCCGUUCGACACCUCCCUGAUAAUUGCGGUGUGUGCGAAGGACGAUGCCUACGUUCCGCGGGAGGGAUGUUCCAGUCUCGAAGACAUAUGGCCGGGAGCAGAGAUACGGUAUUUGGAUGCUGGUCAUGUAAGCGCCUAUGUUCUCCACCAGAAACUCUUUAGAUCCUGCAUAAUAGAGGCCUUUGACAGAGCCAAGAAGAUCUAUGAAAAUGACGUUGGCGAAAGUCUGAAAUGUGAUAUAACCUAUCAGCAGUUGCUAAACAAAUAUGACAAAAAUAUUCAGUAAUAAUUAGCUAGAAAAUUAAAAUAUAAUAAACAAUAUGUUGCCAUA